AACCGUUUCCGAUGGCUUAAAAAUAUUAAAAAACUGUACAACAAGCUUCACUUCACCUUCAUAUGUUGAAGAGAAGUAGUUUAAAAAAGAAAUUAAAUCAUUUCUCUUGAAAUAACGAAAUCUAACCUCGUUGAUAAUAUCAGCUGCGGCAAUCAUCAAAAUAAACAAUCAAUAAUGCAAAGUGCAGCUAAUCUCCAAUCGUUUGAGACCUUUCAAAUAAAAAAUGAAAUAAUUACAAUUGAAGAAGAUGAGAUACAAGCUAUUAAGAAAGAGGAGUUUAAAGAAGAUGAACAAUUUAAGAUCCAGGAUAGUCUACAGGAUGGAACAACGCUUAACUACUACUUUGAGCCGCAAGAGAAAUCUAAUUUCGCCAUAAGUUUGGAAGAUAAGACUGAUAAUGAUAAGGAAAAGAAUUCAAUUAAAAUUUUAUGCAGUAACUGCCCUCCAUCACCAAACAAUGUUUUUGAAGAACGAUCGACCUUUGAGCUCCACUACAAAAGAUUUCACAAAGAGCAACCAAUUGUAUUUGCAUGCGUCAUAUGCAAGUAUAAUGCCAAGAAAUUUAUCUUGUUUCGUAAUCAUUUUAAAAGACAUUUAGUUGGUCGAUAUCAGUGCAGUGAAUGUACAAAUUCUUACUCUCUAAAGAAUGAUUUAAAUCAUCACAAGUCGUCAGUUCAUGGUCGAAAAAGAUGUCGUAAAUGCAACAUGGAAUUUGAAAGUUUGCAGAGCUUUGCUGAACAUAAAAAAUGUAAUCAUACAUUGACUUCUGCUUCGAAAUCGAAAUUAGCUGAAAAAGAAUGUCCAGAUUGUGGCAAAAUGCUGCAAACAACUGGUGGACUUUUUACACAUCGUAAAAUGCAUCUUGAGAAGCCGAAAUUUCGUUGCUUAAUUUGUCAGAAGCAGUUUUUCCAGAAAGUUAAUCUUCUGAAUCAUGAAAAGACUCACAACAUUCAGAAUCGUAGUUACAGCUGCUCUCAAUGCGAAAAAAGUUUCUUUGAAAAAUCGCAUUUGGUUCGGCACCAAAACUUUCACAGUGAGUCGCGUGAUUAUCAAUGUAAUCAAUGCUUGAAGUUCUACAAAACUGAACGAUGCUUAAAAGUACAUAAGCAGGUCCAUUCCGAUCCCAGCAGUCGCCCUUUUAAAUGUGGAGUCUGUCAAAAAGGAUUCUUAUCGUCAUCAAAACUGAAACAACAUGCAAAUAUUCACACAAAUUCCCGACCAUAUUUAUGUAAACAUUGUCCAAGAGACUUCACAAACUAUCCCAAUCUACUCAAACAUACAAUCAGACGACAUAAGGUUGAUCAUCGAACAGGAAAACCCUUGGAUAAGAUUCCUGAUUAUGUGACUAACAAGAAAAAGAAAAAGAUCAUUGAAGAAACCAAGAAAGAUUCUGACGACUCUCUUCCAGCUCCUGUACAACCUCAAGAAGAUUUGGGUAGUGACAUUAAUGUGAUUCAGAUACCAGAUGAUGGCCUUGAACUACCAUCAACUUCUGGCCUAGUUAGAGGCUUCCAAUUUAAUGACGACACAAAUUAUGAUAUAUUUAUGGACAUUGAUGAGUUUAGCGACUUUCAACUUCUAAGUCCAGACAAAGACUACGAUGUUCAAGAUGACAUUAACGAGCAAGAACAAUUUUCAAUUAUCGACGCAACUGACCUUCAAUUCUUCAGUGAACAUCCAAACAUAAUUCAAUUGGUUUCAAGUGGUCAAAUCCACCAAAUUGUCCACAUAGUUCAUAGUCGUAUUGUCGAUACGGUAAAGAACUGUACCAUAAUGAGAUCGAGCAAUAUCUUAAUUUUGCUGUUGUCAGUUAUUGGAUUAACAGAAGCACAAGAUAACGUUGUAUAUGGUAACGUGGAUGGCAAAAGAGUUAAAUGUUUGACAUGUAGAGCGACUGUAGAUGAAAUAAGAAUUGCGCAGUCAAAAGUUGAUCCAAAGAAGAAGGCUGAAGUGAAAAGCGGUCGAUUCCAAGUAGAUGGAACAACUUCUGGUCAAUUGAUCGAAUACAGAAAGUCUGAACAGUACUUAACCGAGUUGUUUGAAGGUGACGAAGGAAUAUGUAAAGUGUUGGACGAUUACGCCAAAGCAAAAUAUAAGACUGAUGGUCGUUUAACUGUUCUAAAAAUGUUUGAUGAUUUUGGAAUGAAUCCUUUGACCUCACAAGUUGACUUUGUGCAAGAUCAAGAUUUAAACAAAAGUUUAAAACAUUAUUGUCUAGAAAUUCUAGAUGAGUUUGACGAACUAUUUCUCGAGUAUUUCAUGGCAGAUUCCCUUCCGGACAAUCUUGUAGAUGCAAUUUGUGUUGAGAGGUCAAAAUUAUGCAAAGAAGAUGACGAACAAGAAGAGGAAGAUGAAGCUGAAAGCGAUUCCGAACAAGAGAACAUUCCAGAAAAAGAACUUUAAGUUCAAGAAAUACUUCCAGGUGCAAUAAAAACAAUAAUUAGAAUUCAUUCGGUUGUUAUACAAAGUACACGUUGUACGUUUUAAACUUCUUUUUCAUGAUAGCGAUAAGAAUAAAACAAAAAUAAGAAGAAAAGAAUAAUUUGGUUGUAUUUAAUGAUAAAACUUGAAGUUUUUUCUUUUCACAGAAGGAAAAAAUCUUGAUAAGCAAGUAAUAAACCGAUAAAUAACAUUUCUGGAAAUUUCUUAUCUCUCAAUCGUUGAAUGAAAAUUGAUGGAA